UUUGCCUACCCCCAAGUUGGUCCUUGAUGAAGUGUAUCCGCCCCCCUCUUCCUCCUCCUCAAUUCCUCCGGCCGUCCGAGAUCGAUUUGAAGCCGCUGCCUCCAAGCCCCACUGAUAAAAUUGACCACCCGUCGUCCUCCCUGUCCGUCAUCAUGCUCCCUCGCCGUUUCCUUCCCCAUCCAUCCCCCACGGCAGCAGGAGCGGCAGCGUCGCCAGAAAGGGCGAUAUCUACUUCGCCGUCGACCGGAUCCCCUCUGCUCGACUCCCUCCUCUUCUCCACUCUGCGUCCCCGCAAUAGGCUCUGCUGUUGAGAUCAUCUUUCUUGGAGAAGAGGGGGGCGUUCUUGAAGUGAAGGAGCAAGAAAGAAAGGGAGGGGCUUUCGGGUGGAUGAACAGUUCUGACGGAGGUCGCCGGGGCCAAUGCCAAGUUCAGGAUUGAAGUCUUAUUACAGGUAUUGUCACUUCAGGUGACAAGCAAUUCAGUCACAGAGGAACAGAUCUGAUUACACAACAACAUUCAGAAACCACACACACACAAAAAAACCACCACCCUUCACCCUUGUCAGUUCUUGGACGCUCGCUGUCAUCGAUCUGCGUACACAGUGGCAACAAAAUGGCAAGCCGAUCUGGCACGAUGGAUGGAAGAAUAGGCACAAGCAGACAGAGGAGGAGCCCAGAGUUGGUCCGAAGACCAAACGCCGGGAAGCGCCACCUGCAGCAGCAGCGGCAGCAGCAGGAGGCGGAUUUCAACGACAGGAAGGUCAUUGCGUCGACUUACUUCAGCAUCGGAGCGUUCCUCGUGCUCGCCUGCCUCACCGUGUCGUUGCUGAUACUGCCAUUGGUGCUGCCUCCAUUGCCGCCGCCGCCGUCGCUGCUGCUAUGGCUGCCGGUCGCCCUGCUCAUCCUGCUGAUUGUGCUGGCCUUCAUGCCAACUGAUGUGAAGAGCAUGGCGUCGUCUUACUUGUAAAUAGGCCCACUGGCCCUGGAGCCUCUUGUUUGGGCAUUUCGACUAGGAUGAUUGCAAUGUGAAGCAUCUUUUCAGGAGUAGAUUUCGAGUGAAAAAGUUUGGCAGCUAUAAAUGUUGUUUAACGGGAUUUGGUAAUUCGAUGCAAAUGUGCUAACAAAGUUAAGCAGGUUUUCUGUCAGGCACCAUUCUUUCCAAGAGAUAGACAGACAUGUUCCA